CCGAUUCUUGACUAGGUAGAUGCUGUUGGAUUUGCUGUGUGAUCUGACAACUCCAACAGAAUGUCAAGAAUUGUAAUUGUCACUGCACUCUUUCUUUGUGUAUUUCACAAUGCCCUGGCCGAGAAAUACGCUUUUUCCCAACCAGUGGGCCCGGGGGGAGGUGACUCAUUCUCUCUCAGUGGAGAUGGGGCCAUCACAGCUGUCAGAGUAUGGGAGCAAUACAACAGCGUCAUCACUGGUUUUCAAUUACGCUACGGUCCCACUUGGUCACCUGUAAUUGGGGCUGAAACGGGAGAUGCCAAGGAGAUGGAGUUGUACAAGGACGAAGGCAUUAUUCAGAUUUCCGGGAAAUUCACUGGUUUCAUUACGUCACUUGUGUUCGUCACCAAGAAAGGUCGAACACUGCAAGUCGGGCAGCCUUCCGGCACAUCCUUCAACAUGUAUGCCCCCAGCAAGGACACUGAGCUGGUCCUCAUCAGUGGCCAAACCAGAGGUCCAAAUCGUAUCACAUACUUCGGAGCACAUUGGGGCAUACCUGAAUAUUACAUUUAAUUGGAAUAAAACUUUUCCUCAAUCUGCUCUAUCAAACUAAAUUCAAAAAGUCUCGAUUUAAAGCACUAUCAGUUGACUUGGACAGAAUAAAGGUAUUCCUCUCUAAGCGGUUUUGGGCAUCUUUUUUGUAAACUCUUAGCUAGCUUAACCUGUUUCAAGAUGGUUUCUGAAACUUUGAAAAUGUUUGUCCCUUGCCUCUGUCAGAAUUGUGAAAGCUAUACAUUUGCUUUAUGAUUUUUGCACCAUUAUGCAAAUGUAUAUGUUUGUUCCAUGUGGCCGACGCUGUUGUCAUGCUCAGACCUCGAUAUAAUUCUCAUCCAUCAAAUUCAUUCAAAAUGCAUUAGGCUGGAGCACGGGUCAUCGUCAUUGUGAUUUUCGAGGAAUGUUGUGGAUGUGAGGAAAAUGAAAAUGUGAACACCGGGAGAGAUUUUUGAAAGGUAAGCAUUGGCAAUUGAUAUGUAUCAUUCCUAAUUAUUGUGAGAAAUCAUUGACAUGAUCUAUGUCUUGAAAUGAAUAUCAUUCAUUAUGACAAAUAAAAGAAUAUUAUUAAA